AUGGGCCAGAUCUAUUCCAGAUGCUCGCAAGUAUGGGCUUGGAUAGGCGAUGAUUUGGUAUCAAAUGAUCUGCAAGGUUUGCCGGAGCGACGAUGGCUUCACGAGCUUGGAACAACGUCAAGUUGUGUUGGAACGUUCUCACAGAGCCGCUCUAUCCGGGAUAUUUGGAAACUAUUGCAGAGGAGAUACUUCCGCCGGGUUUGGGUCAUACAAGAGUUGGUGCUCGCCCCGCGCGUUCUCAUUCCGAUUGGGAAUGUGAUCUUCGCAGCGGAUCAUACAACGGCUCGCAAGCUGACACAGUCGGAAAACGACUCAGAAAACAAGAGCAAGGUUUCUUGGAAGAAAACGGCAGCCCCUUGGUUCGAGCACGUUGCUCAAGGACAUAUCGGCGGCUUGGGUCUCUGGGAUAUGAUGGCACUGACCUCAAAGUCGCAUGCUUCAGACUUUCGGGACAAGCUAUACGGUAUUCUCGGCCUCCUGUCCUUUGAAAGUGACAACAAUCUGCUGCAACCCAAUUACGCUAUCUCGGCCCGCCAGAUGGUUAUUGGGUUUGUUGCGCACUGCAUUAUCAACGAGGGAAAACCUCAGCUCUUGUUAGCAGCCCAAGGCUAUUCUGCGCAGAAGAAUCCGUCUUGGCUUCCUGCCUGGGAGACCCAAACGUCUUGGGAACAAUCAUUCGUGGAGCUGCCCGACCUGGCGUAUAACGAUGCAUCUAUCAGCUCAACCCCCACGGAGGCCCUCAGAGGGGUCUUUGACGACCUGACUCUGUACAGAAUUCACUUUGGCCCAGGCCAGUGGUUCUUGGUUGGGAGUCAGCACCCACUCGAUAGGUUGCUAGAACAAGACGACGAGCUUUUCGCCCUGGAUCCUGGAUUGGGUCUCAGCAGUUCCAAGCUCAAACGCCUUGUUUACAUGGUCCUAAGAAAAACGGGUGACGGAAGGUACAGAUUAGUGACGGGGAUCUCAUACUUGUGUUUGUGCCCUGCGUCAUCGCCAAUGUUUGCAAACAAUCGAUAUCUCACGGAGAUCCAUGAGAACUUUUAUUUAGCUCGGCAAAAACUAUAUGUUCAAGCCGAGUUGGAUAAAUCAGUGUACGACGUGGAUGAGAGAUCGAGGUGGAGGCUCGAUGAUAACAUCUACAUUUUCCCGCUGGUUUUCCCCGGCAAUGAAAACACAACCGUAGGCCACAUCUUACCAAUCCUGACCGGUCAUGAAGGUUUUGGACGGUUGCAAGAGAACGAGGUUUGCGCUGCGCGUGGACAAAAAGUUAUAGGAGACUACCUUGAGUUUGAGUUCGGGAUUGAUUUUGGAUAUCGGCCGAGCGACAUGAAGAAAGGUCAAUGCCAGGCGGAGAAUGCAUGGCGUACCUUCCGUUCAUAUAUGGAGUGGGAAUGGCGCAAACCCGGGGAGGAAAAUAGGCUGCUUUGGCGGAGACUUCCACAAUUGAGAUAUGAGAGCAACGACACCCAUGAGGAUCUAGGGCUUCCGGGUGGAAUGAUGCGAAUUCACCUGAGGUGUCGACUGGAAGCGGUUAGGAAAGUCAUUGCUACCGAGGCACAGCUAUUGGGCAUUACGGCGUUAUGGGAGUCUCGAAUGUUCGGAGAUACUCUUGAGGCCUUUGAGAAAAACAUGCGAAGCGAGGUGACGGAAGAGGACUUUUGGGUUCCUAAUCCAGGUUUCGGGCGAAGCGGGAAGAGUCUAAGGCCUGACGAGUUUGCAGGGUUGGACGGCGGCACCUACCGAGUCUGCAUUGUCUAG